AUGUCGGGCACAACACAGUGGGAGAACAUCUUCCAUGGUCUCGAUACCACCCCAGGCAAGUUGAGAAUGUCGCAGGGCGGUCUGGGUUGGAAACCUUCUGUCGGCGAAGGUGGCACCAUCACCAUCCCUGCCGAUCAGAUGACGUCCUUCCAGUGGAUUCGUGUGGCACGAAACUACCAACUCGCUAUCCACCUCAACAAAGAUCGCGAAACACCUUGCCCAGCACAGGUCAAUCCACGCCGCACCAACUUUGACGGUUUCACUCGUCAAGACUUCGAACGUCUCUCCACUCACAUUCGUCAGUACUUCAACAGGAGCCUCGAGACACAAGAGGUUUCUACCACAGGUUGGAAUUGGGGUCAGGCAAAGAUGAGCAACCAUGACGUUCAAUUCUUGGUCCGGGACAAGUUGGCGUUUGAGCUUCCACUCUCGCAUCUGGCAAAUAGUAAUAUUGCAAAGACAGAGGUUUCCAUGGAGUUUUUAAAUCCCGAACAGCAGCAGCCGGGCGCCAAUGCAACCAAGUCGAGCGGUAACAAGGGGGAUCAGCUUGUCGAGAUGAGGCUUUAUCUUCCUGGUCAAGCUGCCAAGGAGGAUGGAAGCGAUGCGGCGAGUGCAGCCGAUGGCGAUGAUAACAAUCAAGAGACAGCAGCAGAGGCUUUCCACGAAGCGCUCAAGUCGAAAGCCGAUAUUGGUCAGGUUGCUGGCGACUCGAUCGUCGUCUUCAAAGAGGUUCUCGUCCUCACACCUCGUGGACGUUACGAUAUCGAUGUUUUCAACACUUUCAUCCGUCUGCGCGGAAAGACGUACGAUUACAAGAUCCUCUACAGCUCCAUGAACAAGCUCUUCCUCCUACCCAAGUCGGACGAGAUCCACGUUAUGCUCGUCAUCGGUCUCGAUCCAUCCAUUCGUCAGGGUCAGACGCGUUACCCAUAUCUAGUCCUCCAAUUCCCACGCGAAGAAGAGAUGGAUGCAGAACUCAAUCUCGACGAACAAACGAUCCAAGACAAGUACGAUGGCAAGCUGAAAAAGCGUUACGAAGAACCCACUUUCCGUAUCGUGACCAACAUCUUCAAAGUGCUAUCCGGCCAAAAAGUCGCUACGCCUACGGAUUUCGAGUCCUCCUCCGGUCAGACGAGCAUCAAGUGCAACCUCAAAGCAGCAGACGGCAACCUCUACCCACUCGAAAAGUCGUUGCUCUGGGUCUCGAAGCAACCUGUCUACGUUCCGUACUCGGAGAUCCACCAAGCCAUCCUCUCGCGUGUCGGUGGAGCUGUUGCUUCGUCCAAGACGUUCGACUUGAGGGUGGCCACCAAGGGUGGCACGGAUCACACUUUCCAGUCGAUCUCGAGGGAGGAGUUGGAUAGGUUGAAGGCAUGGUUGGCCGAAAGGAAGGUGAGGAUUAAGAAUGAGAUGGCGGAAGAGACGGGUGGAUUGGCGGCAGCCGCCGCGGCGGGGUUGUUGAGCGAUGACGAGGAGGAUAUGGGUGGAGGAGGCGGGGAGGGGGAGGAUGAGGAUAGUGAGGAGGAUGCAGAUUUUGCAGCCGACUCGGAAUCCGAUGGUGGUUCGCCGUCCGAAGGCGAUUCCGGUUCCGAUGAUGACGAUGAUGAUGAUCAUCAUCAUCCUGGCUUUGAGGAGGCGGGGGAGGAGAGGCCGAAGAAGAAGAGAAAGGAUUGA